ACUACAACAACUUACUUUUCCAAGUAAAGAUUGAUUCUUAUAAAUACCUCGCUAUAACCUUAACAAUUCUCAUCAAACACAUUAAUUAAUACAUACAUUACAAACAAACUAAAAAAAUCACAUUUUCACAAGACAAUAUGAAAACAUGCAAGAUUUUAUUUUCUCCUAUCACUGUCUUAGGUUCAUUAUUAUGCAUUAUGGGUUAUGUAUAUGCUCAUGAUUCACCAAAAGACUAUGUUGAUGCACACAAUGUAGCAAGAUCAGAAGUGGGAGAACCAAGUUUGAUUUGGGACGAUUCUGUUGCAGCAUAUGCACAAAACUAUGCCAAUCAACGCCGAAAGGAUUGCCAGCUGAUCCAUUCACAUGGCCCUUAUGGGGAGAACCUUGCAUGGAGUAGCAGUAAUGAUUUUUCAGGUGUAGAUGGUGUGAAAUUAUGGGUAGACGAAAAGGCAUACUUUGAUUACAUGUCAAACUCAUGUGCUGAUAAUCAAAUGUGUGGUCAUUAUACUCAAGUGGUUUGGAAAAACACAUUGCGCGUUGGUUGUGCCAAAGUGAUUUGCGACAAUAAUGGAGGCACUUUCAUUACUUGCAACUAUGAUCCUCCUGGCAAUUACAUUGGACAGAGACCUUACUAAAUAAAAAUAAAUAUG